AUGAGGGACGGGUUGCUGGAGAGGCACCUCCCGCAAAUAGGCCUCGGUCUAGGCCUAGGAGCAGCGGCCGCCGCCACCCUCCUCGUCCUCGUAUCCCGAACCACCACCACCGCCGCCGCCGCCGCCUCCCCCUCCUACGCAUCCGCCCUCCCGGCCCCGCGUCCGGCGAGGGACAGCCGCAAGACGGCCCGCUCGCCGAAGUGGACGACGACGCGGGACCCGGGCUGCGACGAGCGGUUGCCGUACCCGCCCGACGUGUUCCCCGGCGCGCGGGACGUCACGACGGCGUACGGGAACCUGCGGGUGUACGAGUUUGGGCCGGAGGCGGCGGAGGAGAGAGUCCUUUUGCUGCAUGGUAUCGGGACGCCUUGUCUUGCGUUGGGGGGUAUUGCUGGGGAGUUUGUGGAGAGGGGAUGGAGGGUUAUGACUUUUGACUUCUUCGGCCGCGGCUACUCCGACGCGCCCCUCGACCUCCCCCACGACGCCCGCCUUUACACCACGCAGAUCCUCCUCGCGCUCGCCUCCUCCCCCUCGCCGGGCUGGACCGGCAACGACGCCUUCCACCUGCUGGGGUACUCCCUCGGCGGCGCCGUCGCCGCCGCCUUUUCCUCCACGCACCCGCACCUCGUGCGCUCGCUCAGCCUCGUCGCGCCGGGCGGGCUGGUGCGCAGCGGAGCGCACGUCGGGUGGCGGAGCCGGGUGCUAUAUAACGCGGGGUGGAUUCCGGAGUGGGUGAGGAGGUGGGUUGUUGGGCGGAGGUUGAGGCCUGUUAAGGUGGGGGGCGGGGCGGUCGGUGAUGUGCCGGAGAAGGAGACUGUUGAUGAUGACGAGGCGGAGGAGAAGAAGGAGGAGUGGGAUGAGCUCAGGCUCGUGGGCGGAGGACGGAUUGGGGAGGUGGUUGGGUGGCAGCUUGCGAGGCACCCUGGGUUCGUGACGAGUUACAUGUCGACGAUUCGGCACGCGCCGAUAUAUGACCGCGGGGACGAGGAGUGGAGGGUUCUGGCGGAGGUGUUGGAGGCGAGGCGGAGCAGCUGUGGUGAUGGUGGUGGUCGAGGAUGGUCGUCGGAGCCCGGGCUGAGAAAGGGGCGGGUGCUCUUCCUGCUCGGUGAGGACGAUGACAUUGUCGUGCUCGGGGAGACGGUGUGGGAUGCGGAGAGAGUGCUCGGAGAGGACGCGGUCGAGGUCGUUGUCCUCGGGGGCGGGCACGAGAUUGCCAUUACCAAGGGGAGGGAGAUUGUGGGUGCCGUCGUUGCUGCGUGGGAGAGGAGGGCGUAG